UGAUACUCUGGAACUGAACUUCAGUUUCUGUGCUAUUUCCAGUUUUUGUCUGUGCUUGCAGAAGUCUUCAAGUACUAAGAGCUUCUCUUCUGUCCCUGACUAAGCUACUUGAAACUUAACUCUUAUGAAGCACUGGAGAGAAUAGAGAGAUGGCUUCUAUUUUUUUCCAGAAGAGCAGGUGUUGCUGAAACAGAAUGUAAAUAUGGAUGGAUGCUGCUGUGAUGAGAGCUUUAUAAAAACUACAUAUCCAGUCAGAACGGUGAGCCAAAACCUCAGCACAAGGGACAGAAAGUCAGCACUUACUCCCACCGAGGACCCUUUUAGACACCCACCGGGCAACCAAGCAGCAGCGUACGAGAGCAAGAGCUGCCAGCUGUCUAAUUUGUGUCUGAGCAGCCUCCUGAAGGAGAAGGAGCUCGUGGAGGCCAUCAAGCACACGCGGGGCACGUACGAGGCCCUGGCCCCAGAGGCGGCCCAGAACGGUUUGGCUGUCACGGCCGCCAGCCCAGCCCAGGCCGCGUCCAAGGCCGACGGCUUCCCCGCGUUCCCGGGAGCUCCCAAGGACCAAAGCGCUGUGCCUCGGCAGCACAGCACCUUCACAGGGAGGCUGGGACAGCCCCCCAGGGGACCCAUCUCCCUACACAUGUACAGCAGGAAGAACGUUUUCCUCCACCACAACCUGCACACGGCAGAGCUACAGACUUUAGGUCAACAAGAUGGCUAACACGGUGCUUAUUUUCUUGCCAUGGAAGGAGAGUUGAUUAAAGAGGGAUGUAAGCUCACCUAGAGCUCUGUCUUCAGUUCUCAUCUGCUGCUACUUUCAUGUGAAAAAAAAAAAAACAAUAAAAAUUUAACUUUGUCUGUAGGUUCCAUGUUUUCCCACCUUGGACUGAGGCAAAAGGAUGAACGAGAUUGUUAAAUAUCUGGGCUGAUUUGUCAUGCAGAAGUCACCAUGAGUUAAUAAAUGGGACCAUUUGGCUGGCACUGCUAGUCCAAUAUUGGCUAAAUAUAUUUUACCCCUCUAUAAGUCACUAUGAUUCCCUGAAGUUCUAGAAGAUGAUCUUAAAUAAAACCUGUAUGUUUAAUAAUAUUACUGUUAAAGUAGAUGUGAGGAAUAAAUAGAUAAGUAAUUAGUAAACCCUCUUGAAUUCCAUGGAGAUUAGGGAAAUAAGGAGUCAGAAAUCUUUAAGGACCCUCUUUUUACACAUUUUUUUAAAUACAGUGAAAUUUGGUAACUUACAGAGUGUUACCACUUCCUGCUGUAUGUGUUUCAUGAGUGCCUCAUGCUACAAGUGGAGGAAGUAAUUGAUUUUCCUCUAACAGGUUCAUAGAGAGUUGCCAGGUAUUUGAGUCAGUAAAUUGGGUCCCAGACUGAGGAUGUCAGCUUGUUUCUUCAACCUCCCCUUCCCUCUUCACACUUCUAUUUAGCUACAUUUCUCUGAGUGUUUCGGUUCUAUGAGGGCAUGUCAAGUGGUGGUGAUCUUUGUGCUUUACAGGCACUGUAGCACUCAUGAUGCGAUGUGACAUUCUGCUGUGUAAUUCAUCCUAUAAUUUCAUUCCACUUCCCAAACCAAAAAUGUGUGAAAGCCUAAAGUAAGAGAAAUGAUCUUAUUACCAAGGCUGAACAAGGUGCAUCAGUCAUAAUUUCUGUGGGCUGUAUCAUCUGCACUUCAGGACGUGUUGGUUUACACCAGCUCACUGGGUUUGUUAGUCUUGACAUGUAACAGACAAGUGAGAUUAAUUUAUGGCCUGGUCUCUGGGAGUAUGAAAUCAUCUGACCACGCCACAGAACCUGGCGACCUGUCGGUUGCAAAAUAUCUGGUUUUCCCCUCUCAGAGGCUUGGGAACCUCAGUCACUUACUCCAAACAUGUGGCAUAUGUGAAACAUGACACUUGGUUUACAACCUCUCUGGUCCAGGGUAAUCUGUUUGAGUUACAAUGGCACGUGCAGUGAGUAGUUUAAAAAUAAUUUGGCACAUUUAAGUAUGAUUGAGGCAGACCUGAAACAAGUCACUUCUCUCUUUAACCAGUGAUUAACAAGGAAGGACAAGGCUGCAGCACAUUCUCAAACACAAAAACAAGCCGUUGUGACUUAACAGAUAGCAUAUAAUGAAAAAUAAAGCUUCUGUAGCCACUAAAAAUCUGCAACUUUUAAAAGUUAAGUCACAUAGAGUAUACGAAAUAAAGACAAAAUUUUACCUAGUGUUAAAUAUAUCUGCUUCGCUACUCAAUAUUUGGUUAUUACAAGGAAAUUUUUUUAACACAUCUUGCCUAAACUAAAAAAUAGACCAUUAUCUUGGCAGAUAUUCUGUAAAGUAACUUCAGCAGCCUGAAAUUUCAGGCUUCUGUUUAUUGAGGAUUUUAUUUUUAUUAGAGUGGAAUUUAUUACAUUAUCAGAUAUUGAAGAGAGCAGGUUUUGUCUAAAUAUUCUGUAGUGAUAAUUUUGGGUAUCCAGAGAGGGAUACAUAAGAACCAAGACAAACAUUUGCCAAAAUUCUUCAUGUUCAUGUGUGCAUUGCUACUGCCAAAACAGAAUGUGCAAAAAUUACAAACACAGCUUUGCCGAAUUAACUGUGAGCAUUCAAGACUCCCAGUCCUGCAUUGAAACUCAUAAUUUAAAGUCUACCAAGCAAGUUUAAAAUAGUAAUAAGAUAAUUUCAUUACUCAGAAUCACUUCUUAGCAAUAUCUUAAAGUCAUGGUAGAUUGAAAGGACAAUUAAUUCUUGCUAUCAAUUCAUUUCAGUAUUGCUCAUCUCAAGAGCUCAUGUAUGCAAUUCAAUUUCCGAUCUGUAAAUAAAUAAACAGACACUGUAAUCAAGGAAUUUUUUUCCAGGAUACAAAUGUACUGUACUACAUUAAAAAAAUCAAAACAAAACAAACCAACACCCUCUUCAGUUUUAGGUUAUGUACUGUAUCUGUAGUUGUUUUUUUCCUGGGAAAAUGGACUUUUGGAUUACACUUUAUUAAAAAAAAAUCCAUCUAUAAACUUCAAAAAUAGCAUUUCAAAUGCUACUAUUUUCUUGGAGAAUCUUUUAUAGAGCUGAAACUUUAAAAAACUGGAAAAAAACAGUUCAAUAAAUAUGAGGGAUAUUUUUAAAAUGUCAUCUUGAAGCUGUUUUGUAUCAGUAUUUUCAGCAAUGUUACGUUAUUUGUAAUACUGAGUGUAAAUCUCACCCAGAGAAGGGUAUUAGCCACAUGUUAAUGUACAGUACAGCAGUAACUGUAAAAGAGGUCCUUGCUUUGGUCCUCUCAUGUAUAUAGGAAAUCAUAAAGCAACAGCAUGUGGACAUUCUUGCAGUGAAUUGAUUCCUUUGUACUAAAAAUCUCUAGUUUUUUAAGAGUUCCAUGUACAAAAUUAUUUAUACAUUUCUCCAAGGCUGUACAUAUCCAGAGACAUGACACCGGGGGAAAAGGCAUUUAUUAUUUUUUUCCAAUGAUGUAUCUUUCUUCCCUUCUUUUUUCUCUCUUUAUGUACAACAAAGCAUAACUGCAAAUUUUCUGUUUAAAAUGACUUGUUAGUUCCAUGUCUUUCAGCAUGAUAGAGGGCAUUUUAAGGAGGAGAAAAUCCCCGAAGAAAAACUGUUCCCACUUGAAGCAGUGUCCGUCCCACUUUUUUAGAGCAAUCACUUGGCAAAAGAAACCUUAGAUCUGUACCCUAAUAUUUUUUUAAUAAUUUACCAGAGCCACACCUGAAAUGUGCUUAUCAUGAUCUCUGGCCUUACCCUGACUAGGACACCUUCAUAUGACACAAUAACAUGCUAGGGGCAGCCCUGGUGAUAACAUCUUGAGAUGGAAGGAAAACAUUUGUCCAAUACUGUUUUUACGUUUGGCCUUCAGAGCAAUGGAAAGAGUUUUUUUAAUAACUUGUGCAUGUAGGUGAAGAUCAAGAUGUGUGCUUGUGCAUACUGGAAGAAACCUUGCUACAAAGCUUCCCUCUGUUUAGUCUAUUUAGUAGCAUAUGAAAGCAUCCAGCAACAGAAAACUCCUGCCACCUUUCCAGGCAUGCCAGCGCUCUCUAUGAAAAUGAACAGCCAGAAUAGAUGCCUUUACUUCAGUCCAGACUUACUGGUUUUUUUUCCACACACCUCCACAGAAAUGUUAGAAGAGCUUUCCUUAUGUGUCUUUUUUCCUGGAAAUUGUGAAAGGGUGUUUAUCCAGACUAUGACGCUCAAAUGAUGUGUCAAUAAAUAUUUGAAAGCUUACCAAAAUGUUAAUACUUGUCCUACAGGGUCAUUCCAGUCAUUACAGGUUCAUUACCAAUAAAAAUUGGUGGUUUUCCCUUUCCAAAGAGCCAGUUUGGAAGUAAUGAUUUCUGUCUGUGCUGUUUCACUUUAUACUGUUAAAUACACAGUACACUUUUCAGACUAAUAAAAAUAAGGUGUUUACAAAUCA